AUGAGGAAGGACAUGAUUCCCGGCUUGGGCGACACAGCCGAUCUGGUCGUCAUAGGAGCGCGCCGUGAUACGGAUUGUGGCAUGUCGGCGUGGUGGACGACAUUCUAUCUGGCAUGUGUCGACACAAAGGCGGAGAGUGAGGAUGGUCAGAGCCUGCCGAGCUUCACCAUCAUUGCCACCGUGUCCCGCAUGGCUAUCACCACCGCCGACAUGAGGUACCUCAACCGAUACGGCAAAGCGCAUUAUCUAUCCCCUGCUGAUGCUUCUCUCACACCGCGCAUUUGGACUCCGCUUGCAGGUCAUCCUCCGCCUUCCGCUAUCUUCAUGCGUCCACUUGUGGUCGAGGUCGUGGGCGCGAGUUUUGACCGCUUACCCAAUUCGCGGUUUGAGAGCCUUCGGUUUCCACGCAUCGUCAAGGUGCACUUGGACCUCUCGUACACCGAUGCGACAAUCACCGAGCAAUAUGUGCAAAUGGCUGCGAAGAGCAAGUGCUGA